GCCCCGGCCACCGCUUCCCAUUCGUUCCAUCCACCACCUAGCCAAGCAAAGGCCAAAGCAGCCAAGAAGCCAUAAGCAAAAGGUGUCGCUUCCUUCCAUACUUAGUGGGCGACCCCAAAGCAAAGCACCGCAAAGCAAAGGCAAAGCGAUCGCGACUCCGUACCCAGCAGCUAGCUCCCCGAUCUCCGUGACGCGACGCCUGCAGCCAGGGAGAGAUCGAUCUUGUUCUGCAUUGUUCUAGUCUGAUCUUGCGGUGACGAUACGAUGGCGAGCGACAAGAGAAUCCAGCCGGCAGCAGGCGGCAUAGGAGGAGGAGGGGCAGCGGCGGGGAUGGAGCCGCCGGAAGGGGGCCUCGGGAAGCGGCUGCUGCACGUGCUGCGCACCGUGUACCACAUGCUGCGCCGGGGCCUCUGCCGCAAGCGCCUCAUGAUGGACCUCCACCUGCUGCUGGGCCGCGGCAAGAUCGCCGGCCGCGCGCUCCGCGGCCUCCUCCACGCCCACAGCCACCACCACGGCGCCAUGGCUUCGGCUUCGGCAUCCCCGUCCGCGCUCGCCUUCUACGCGCACAACCCGCGGGACGUGGAGUUCAGCUGCAACACGACGCCCAUCUACGGCCACGCGCCCUUCAAGCUCGGCGGCCGCGGCCGGAACGGGAACGGCAACUACGGCGGGCUGGACGCGGCCACCGUGGCCGCGGCGUUCGAGAUGAUGAACAACGCGCACGUCGUGGCCUCGGGCAGCGGGACCAGUGAGACGCCGGUGGCGUCGCCGAUGCUGGCGCUGAGCCUUGGGCGGAGGCCGGCGGGGGCGCGGCAGCUGCGGGUGACGGACUCGCCGUUCCCCGUGGAGCCCGAGGGCGUGGACGAGCGCGUGGACGCCGAGGCCGACAGCUUCAUCAGGAGGUUCUACGAGCAGCUCCGCCUGCAGCAGUCCAACGCCACGCCCGACAACUGCGCCCGCCGCCGUGGCUAAGCUUCAUAUAGCUUGCAUCUCCGGCUCCGGCCGGCAUGCGCGCUCGCAUAUUGUGAGUGCAUGCCAAGUAAGGUAUAAAUACGUGGCAUCGGCCGCUUGUUUCGCUGUCAUGCAUGUGGGUCUCGAGUUUUUGGACCUGCAUGUAUGCUGCCUGUAAUUUUCCUCGUUUGUGAUAAUCUCUCGAUAGAGAGCGAGGAGACGAGAGACCAUAAAAAAGGGGGGCGCGGCUUGAUGAAGCCCUCCCCCCUCCCCCAACUUGUAUCUGAAUUGAAUCUGAUGAUUGAUAUCAUGCAUGCAUAUGAGAUGAAAGUGAUGGAUUUUGCACA